AUGAAGGGCGAGAUUCUUCACCUCCACCUGGGCCAGGCUGGUACACAGCUCGGUAACUCUGCUUGGGAGCUCUACCUUCUCGAGCACGGUCUCGGCCCCGACGGUCGACCUGACCCCAAUGCUCCCGAUAUUGGUGACCCCGGUUCUUUCGAGACCUUCUUUACCGAGACAAACAGCGGAAAGUAUGUUCCUCGAUCUCUGUUCGUCGAUCUCGACCCCUCGCCUAUCGAUGAGAUCCGAACAGGCGAAUACCGCAACCUUUUCCACCCCGAGCUGUUGGUCAGUGGAAAGGAGGAUGCCGCCAACAACUACGCCCGUGGUCACUACACCAUUGGCAAGGAGAAGGCUGACGAGGUCAUGGACCGCAUCCGUCGUGUCGCCGACAACUGCCAGUCUCUCCAGGGUUUCCUGAUCUUCCACUCUUUCGGUGGUGGUACCGGUUCUGGUUUUGGUGCUCUCCUCCUCGAGCGUCUCUCCACUGAGUAUGGCAAGAAGUCCAAGCUCGAGUUCGCUGUCUACCCUGCUCCCCGAACAUCGACUGCCGUUGUUGAGCCUUACAACGCUGUCCUGUCUACUCACAGCACUAUUGAGAACUCCGACUGUACUUUCCUUGUCGAUAACGAGGCUGUCUACGAUAUCUGCCGUCGCAACCUCGACAUUCCUCGACCCUCAUAUGAGCACCUGAACCGUCUCAUCGCCCAGGUUGUCAGCUCUAUCACCUCGUCUCUCCGAUUCGACGGUGCUCUCAACGUCGAUCUCAACGAGUUCCAGACCAACCUGGUUCCCUACCCCCGAAUCCACUACCCUCUCAUCAGCUACGCUCCUGUCAUUUCUGCCAACAAGAGCGAGCACGAGAGCUUCAAGGUUCAGGAGCUUACCUUCCAGUGCUUUGAGCCCAACAACCAGAUGGUCGUCUGUGACCCCCGAAACGGCAAGUACAUGGCUGUCGCUCUUCUGUACCGUGGUGAUUGUGUUCCUCGCGACUGCAACGCCGCCAUCGCUUCCCUCAAGGCCAAGGCCUCAUUCAAUCUUGUUGAGUGGUGCCCCACUGGUUUCAAGCUCGGAAUCAACUACCAGAAGCCUAUGGCUGUCCCUGCUCCUGCUGAGGCUGGUGGUCUUGCUCCCGUCAAGCGAUCCGUCUCCAUGCUUUCCAACACCACCGCCAUCGCUGAGGCCUGGUCGCGUCUUGACUACAAGUUCGACCUUAUGCACAGCAAGCGUGCUUUCGUCCAUUGGUACGUCGGCGAGGGUAUGGAGGAAGGAGAGUUCACCGAGGCCCGAGAGGAUCUCGCUGCUCUGGAGAAGGAUUACGAAGAGGUUGCUGCCGACUCCUUCGAGCCUGAAGAGGAACUCGAGUACUAA